UCUCUCAUCUCACUUCUGCCCAACCCAGCCACCACAAACCCGCCGAAAAUCACCAAAAAUCCGGCACUCCACGUAAGCAUUGGUCCCCUAUGGUCCCCCCUUCCCUUCGUUUCAUCUUCCACGUAGCAAAAUCCCAACGAAUCUCAUCAUUAUUGACGUAUUUUCUUGCUCUCUAAGUUGGAAUCGAAUAAAUGGAGGUCGUAGAUUGAAUCACUGUCAAUCUAGACCCUCCAUUUGUUCGAUCUCGAAUUAUAUAAGAGAGAAAUCAGACAGAAAUUUGGAGGAGGAAGCUGGAGAAAGAAGUGAAGGUUUACGAAAAAAAAUUCUUCUUCUGUUUUCAUCUUCAUUCUCAAAUUUUUAGACAUAAUUUAAUUUCGAAAAAAUACAAAAAUAAAAAUAGUGAGUUUAGAUUUUUGUUAGAACUUGUUUCCAUUUCGAAAAAUCAGAAAAUAUUCCAAAAAAUAUUUUAGUUUCUUCUUUUCUUAAAUUUUGUUUUAACAUGGAGAUUGAUUGAGCCGAGAUCGAGUUCGCCGUUCGAGUUCGAGUUCGAGUUCGUUGGUUUUUGCAUCCUGUCGCAUUGUAGCUGUUGUCCUCUUUGGAUUUUCAUUUCCAGAUUCACUUGUCUUCGAUUGAAAGCAGAAUUAAUCAAAAUUCCCAUCUAUCAGGUAUGGACCCGCUGAUUCGAUCCAAAGUGCUGAUGGUAGUAAAGAUUCCUAGGAAGUUGAUCAAGUGGUGGAAAAUGUCUUCAUCGUUAGAGCAACAUGAGUUAAUGCAGAAAUUGGGCACCCUAACUUCCCUUCUUGAUAUCACACCCCGCCCAGAUUUAGUGGAGGCGAUGCUGACUUAUUGGGAUCCGCAAAAUUUGAUUUUCAGAUUUGGAGAGUGUGAGAUGACUCCUACCUUGGCGGAAAUGUCUGGUCUCACUCGUUUAAGCUAUAUAGGCAAGGACAUGAUACUUCCCCGAGACCACUCUAGGACAAGAUUCCUCAGCGACCUGGGCUUGAAAGAUAACAAGCAUUUAAAAUGCCUCAAGCAGUCCUGGAUAUCUUUGGAUUAUUUGUUUACUAAAUUUGGACCACAGGAUAGUUUUGACGUCUUUUGGGAUGAGUUUUGCACAACCAAGGCAAAAUGGCAAAAACGUCGCCUCAAAGCUUUCAGCCUUGACUUGUUGGGAUUAUUGGUUUUUCCAUUAGAUGAGAGGCAUAUCAGCACCCGUCUACAGUCAGUGGUAAUGGUACUAUUUCAUGAGAAGCAAUGCAAAAUCGUUACCGUUGUACCGAUGAUCUUAGCAGAGUUGUACCGAGCCCUGAGUGAGGUUAGGGGAGGUGUCAGGUAUUUUGAAGGAAGUAACCUUUUGCUACAAUUGUGGAUGAUGGAGCAUUUGCACACCGCUUCCUUACUUUAUUCCAUCGACCGUGCCUUGAGGGAUCGGGUGGUAUGCAUCGAGCGUAGGAUGAAAUAUCCUAAGUUUACAUACCCAGUAGGCGUCACAACUUGGAUUGAGUUCCUUGGUUUGAGGACAAAUGGGAAUGUUUUAUGGGCUUAUUUUUGGCUACCUUUGGACCAUAUCUUGGUAGGAUGCCUCAUGCAGCCUUUCCUGAUGCUGAUAAGACUCAAGUGUGUCAGGUCGUACACUCCUGUUAGGGUAAUGCGACAGUUGGGAAGAAGACAAGAGGAGCCUCCAACUUUGAAUAUUCGGAGGCACAUCAUAAAUUUUAGCAAAAAGGUGGAUGAUGAAAUCAGGUAUGUGCAAUACUGGAACAAUGCAAAGAGGAUGAAGAAAAAUACAUUAGUAGAGGACGUUGGCAGGCCCGAGUGUACUCAAGAGUACUUGAUUUGGUUACAGUCUGUCCCACCAGGGGUCAGCACCCCAUUGCCAGCACAACUUAGGGGUCGGGCAGUUCAUACAGAUGAUUUUGAGGAGGCAUCGGACCAAGAUCCCUGGGAUAAGCUUGAGUUGAUAAAGUCUUAGUUGGCGGGAUUGGUAGCAAACGUGGAGAAGCAUGGCAAAUAUUUGUUUAGGGUCGGCCUUCAGGAUGCGGGGGCACACGCCAGGGCCUUUAUUCCCAGUAUCGGUGUUUCUUUACGAGGCAUGUUACAGAGUUUGAGCAUGACGGACAGCCUAGGACCAUCCCGAUCAGGACAGUCACAUUCAACAGCAGCUUGAGGAGUCAUUCUAUUUAGGUGUUUGAGAUUGUCUUAUGUUGUCUUUUACUUUCGUGCCUUGUCUAGAAGUAUCGAGUCCUUUAGGUAGUGUCAGAGUCUGUCGUAGUGUAGUUGGGUCUGUCAGGUCUUUUAUUAUCGUAUUUCCCUUUGUAUUUUAAUAUCGAAAAGUUUUAAAUGAAAAAUCCCAAAAUGAUUUUGUUUUA